AUGCAUAAACUCACAGAAUUUGAUUUUUCACAGGCAGCCAGCUGGGAGAGGGAUCCAGGGAUUCGGGGGGGUGGAGAGAAGCAGGAAAGGUGUGUCCCUGCUGCCACAGCCCGGGGAGGUGCCGGGGGAGCGCCUCGCUCAUCCCAUGGCCAGCGGUGCUCCGGGGAGCCGGGGCUCACCUGCAGAGCUCACCACCUGCACAGCUCACCACCUGCACAACUCACCACCUGCACAGCUCACUACCUGCACAACUCAGUGCCUGCACAACUCACUGCCUGCACAACUCACCACCUGCACAGCUCCCUACCUGCACAACUCACCACCUGCACAGCUCACUACCUGCACAGCUCACCUGCACAACUCACCUGCUGCCUCAGUUUCCCCAUCCCCGGGGCUGCACCCUUCCAGCCGUGGGAGUGGGUCGGCAAAAUCGGGUUCGUCACCCCGUUCCACUUGAAUGGAAAGACCAGGCAGCAAAUGCUGGAGAAUUGGGAGGAAUUUUCACAGAGACUGAAGCUAAAUUUAAAGGAGGAACAGCUCCCUGCACUCUCUGUCCUCAGACAGUUGUCAAAAGAGAAAAGUAGGUUUCGGAAGCGUUCGGAUUUGUUUGACGACUUUGUUAUCUCUGUGCUUGAACUCAGACUAUUUUAUAUGUGCUUUAAAAUAAGGAAGUCCUGGAAUUAUGUAAGGGGUUAGCCAAGUACAACACAGAGAAAGAUGCAGGAGAGACUGAAGUCUGAUUUCAAAUGAGGGCCAGGACACGUGUGAUUGCAUGGAUCUCCAAAGGUUUCUGCUGGGGAAGAGAUCACUGACAGCUCAGUUCUGCCCCUCGGAAACAGGAGUUUCUGCGAGGGCUUUCCUGGAUUUCACUGAACUUCCCUGUGCUUGAGGAAACUGUGCAAUGGUGUCUUAUAGUGGAAUGAUAGCUUUCUAAUAUUUUUAGCACAGAGACCUGAGGGCUUUAACAGGAAAUCCUUAAAAUACGAACUCCUUCACUUCUCUCCAAAUUGUAGGGAGUGAUGGCUCCAUAGCCUUCGUGGCUUCUGGGACUUGUGCAUGUUGGGUUCCAGGGCAGUUGUCCUGGAGACGGAAAAGGCCCAGUGGGGUAUUUAAAUCCUCAUUUAAGUCCUCCCAUGUGGCUGUAACCCAAUGUGUGAGCUCAGUAAGAAAGAGCAUACAUUUUUCAUGUAUGAUGCUGUGUCAGGAAACAUGGGAGUCUUUUCUUUCUGGGCUUUGGGGCUUUAAAUGUAUCACAAACACACACACACUGCUUGUCUUUGUG